UACAUCUUUCUUCCCCAACUUUCUGGGCGGCGCGCAACAACUCAAUUGUGAAAUUUUGGAUUCGCUGCUGGGGCGCCAGCACGCCGGCGCGGGGGAUGAUCAAUGGUGGUAGGGUUCCGGGACCGGCCAAGCCCCCGCUCGAGCGGUGGCUUGGCCGCUGGUGUCUCCGUCCCUGCACAAGACUCUUCACAUCGAAACCCACUAAAGAUUUGAGAGGUAUUUAAAGUAUCAAAAGUUGGCUUAGUAUAGAAUAAUGGUAUUGAAAUGUUAUGUUCGAUAUAUUUCAUUGACAUGGACAAGAAUAUGGCUACAUACAUAUAAUCAAUUUUUUGAUCAUGCAAAAAUCGUUAAGAGCAAAUAUUUGCUUCAAUACAGAAAUACAUGUCUGAGCCGUUCCAUGAUUAAGUUAUCAUGUGCAUUUAUUAUUCUUUUGUGGAGUAUAUAUUUUUCUAAAAAUCAAAUAUAGGUAAACAUGACAUGAUAUUUAACACCAUCUUCUUGUGUUGAAGUUUUCUAAAGAUGUAGUAAUGUCACAUGCGGUGUAGCAAGGAAUAUAAUAUUAUCAUUCCAAAAAAAAUAAUUAGAAAUAUGCAAUAUUUAACACCAUCUUCUUGUGUUGAAGUUUUCUGCAAUUCCCCUUUCUGCACCGGUAAGUGUAUUUUGGACACAGGUAAGUGUAUUUUGAUUGCUUAAUGAAUGCUGCCAGCGUUAUUUACAUAUUGCAUAUUUUCAUUCUUUCAGCACAUUGCCUAAAAAGCCAAAUGAGAUUAUGAGGGUGCUUGUUACCAUUGCUGUCGGGAUGAUGUUUGGCUUCUUCAUAGGAGUGUCAUUUCCAUCACUCUCUUUAACACAGCUAAAUAUCACUGCCGCCCUUAUUCAUUACUUUGUAAUAAUUGGGGACAAAAGUACAGCUAACUCUACACAAGAUACUGCAAGUACGAGUAGCUCUUCCAGAAAUCAAGUUACGACGGAUGUCUCAAAGAUUUGGGUUCCAUCAAAUCCAAAAGGUGCAGAAAUGUUGCUUCCGGGUAUUGUUGCAUCUGAAUCAUAUUUUUAUCUACGGAGGCUUUGGGGAAAACCUAGUGAGGGUAACAGAGGAGAAGCCUGGUUGGUGUUCUGACCUCCAUUUGCCGCCCUGUGCAGCUUUUGUAGAAAUCAUGGCUCCUGUAUUUUCUCGAGAAGCAUGGCGCUGUGUUUGGCAUAUGAUUCAGAACGACUUGGUGCAUGGAUGGGGACUGGACUUUGCGUUGAGCCUGCUCAUGAGAGAAUCGGAGUGGUAGAUGCUCAGUGGAUCGUCUAUCAAACAGUUCCUUCACUGGGAAACCAGGUAUAUACAAAGAGUGAUGACAGUUCAUGAGAUUAUGGACACGACUUUCUCUUGCGUAUUUUCUUUGUUGGUAGGGCCAAGCAGAAGACGGAAAGGCUUCGUGGCAAGGGGUACGUACAUUAAUCAUGCCUGGCUUGUAUAUAAAUGAAAUCUGAACUCCUUGAUUUAUCAUAAUACGUUACUCGACUUUGAUAAUAUAUCUUGAACUUGUCUGCUGUCGUCGGUGUAAGUGAGAGAGAGGUGUCAAAAAGAGUGGGAGAUGUUCAGAAAUCGAAUGGAGAUUGCAGAGAAGUCUUACUACAAGUUCAUUAACUUUACAAGGAAUACAUAGAUAGUAGUACUAGAGAAGAAUACCAUGACCUAAUUUCAUUAGUCUACUUGUAGAUAAAACAAUUUUAUUAGUCAAUUUUGCUUAUUCUAUCAUGCACUAGUAGCCUCUGCUCUUUCCCCUCUGUCCUAAGAUUAUAGUUUAGGAGUACUUUCUUUGUUCCAGGUGCUUCAGAUAUAGGUAUGCAUCCUGUUUAAUAUACCUUUGCUAUUGUGAUCUUUGGAAUUAACAAUUUUCUAGUUUGGAUUUGUGAAUUA